UAGGCGGCGGCAUACAGACCGCGGGGCCGGGAGCUGUAGAGAAACCCGGUGCAUGGCGGUCAGGCGGCGGACUCGGCCCUCCACAGUUGGCAGAACUGGAAAAAAUCUUGCUGAAAACCUGGGCACCAAUCAACUCACAGGGUGUUUGUUGUGGGGAAAAUAAGAGGAAGUUGUAUUAGGUUUAAAAAGAAGUGCAUGUAGUCUCCGACUUACAACAGUUCAUUUAGUGACUGUUCAAAGUUACAACGGCACUGAAAAAACUCUAUCAGUGGGAACAUCUUUAAGUGUUGAAUAGAUGACUAAGGAGCUGCUACCAGAACAAAAUGGAGAGCUUGAGUCUACAGGCGAUGACCCUUUCUGAUGGGACAACAGCUUUUGUUCAGCAGGAGGCAGAUGAAGAGAAAUUAGUUGAUGGACAAGUGAUUGAACUUGAAGAUGGAUCCACAGCUUUUUUCCAACAAGUAACCCUGCAGAAAGAAUCAAUCACAUUUGAAGAUGGUCAGCCUGUUACACUGGAAGAUGGUACCAUGGCUUUUAUACAUCAUACUCCCAAAGAGGGGUUUGACCCCAACACCUUGGAGGCCAUCCAGCUGGAAGAUGGAUCCACAGCUUUCAUACACCGCCCUGUUCCCACGACAAUGGAUGACACUAUCUUGGCAGUGGAAGCAGAUGUGGGGUUGGAGGAAUUGGCAGUAGGGAAGAAAGAUGAUGCUUUUGAUUUAGAUACUGGUAUCACUUUGAAGGAUUACACCAGCAAGGAAGACUUCCAGAAGGAAGAAGUGCAGAGCACUGGAAAUGGACCACGAACUCCUGACAAAGCUUAUUGUUGUAGAUACAGUGGGUGUAGCCGCCUCUUUACCACAUCCCACCAUUUGAAGGUUCAUGAGCGUGUCCAUACAGGCGAUCGUCCAUACCAGUGUGAUUUUACAAGCUGUGGGAAAACUUUUGCUACAGGAUACAGUCUAAAGAGCCAUAUGAGAACCCAUACUGGUGAGAAGCCAUACAAAUGCCAAGAAGAUUUAUGCACGAAAGCCUUCAAGACUUCUGGAGAUCUCCAGAAACAUAUCCGAACACAUACUGGGGAGAAGCCAUAUGCAUGCAUGGUACCAGGCUGUGGAAAAUGCUUCACAGAAUAUUCUAGUCUCUACAAACACCAUGUAGUUCACACACAUUGCAAACCAUACACUUGCAACACCUGUGGCAAAACCUAUCGGCAAACUUCUACUUUGGCAAUGCAUAAACGUACCGUGCAUGGGGAGCUGGAAGCCAUGGAUGAUAGUGAGCAAGCUCUCUAUGAACAUCAGUUGGAAGAUACCAUAGUGAAUAACAGCAGACCUCCAUUGAAAAGUCAUUGUAUUGUUUCUAUGAAGAUGGAAGAUGAAGUGCAGGAAGAUUCCAUGCCAUCGGCAGCAGCUCUUGUUUCUCAGGAUGGUGUAGAGCAAUUGGAAAUGCAGCAGAGCCUGGAAAGUACAAUCAGUAUGAUAACUACACCAGUUCACCAAGAAGCUAAACUGAAAAAUGGAUGUUGAGAUUUUAUCUUGAACACUUGACAGGAGUGAAGAGUGAUAUAGAAACAAAAGUCAUUGGACAGACAACAGAUUCUACAGGGGCCUGCAGUUCAGGAGUCAGAUGACCAUGAAGUAAAUUGGACCUGGAGAGAAUUUUUAAGAAUUGUUCACUGCUAGUCAGUAGAUAUUGAUAACUGACAAGAGCAGAUGAUGAAGCAACAUUUUUGCCUGACACUUUUUAAACAAAUGGAUCUGUGAUAAGCUUUAAGAAAUCAACUCAUCUGAGAUGGGGUUUGUCUUAUCAUUUGGAACUUUUUCAUUUCUGAUACAUAUUAAUGGAAUGGCAACUUUUGGAUUAGAAAAUAUUUAAUAUCAGACUUUUAUUGGAUUUCAGCAACAAGAACUUUUAUCAUUUCAGAAUUUUAUAAUGUAUGUAUUUAGGGGUGAAUGUCCAGAAAGGGAUCACAGCUACUCCAUAUCCUAGAGCAGUGUUUCUCAAUUCAGCAACUUUAAGAUGGAUGGACCAACUCUCAGAAUGCUAGGAGUUGAAGUCUAUACAUCUUAAAGUUGCCAAGGUUGAGAAACACUGUCCUAGAGAAGUAUCAGUAUGAAAGCAAUGAAAUGUCCUCUAGAUGGGAUUAUCAGCGGAAGUUCCAAGAUAUAUAGCAAUGGGGACAAGCAAUAGCAUUAUGGGAGCUGAAAACGCUAUGAAGCGGUAUAUAAGUCUAACUGCUAUUGCUAUUGCUAUUCCUCCCUCCCCCCAAUAUACCAGAGUUAUUCUAAAUCUUAGCAAGAGUCUAAAUAGAAAGGUAAAAAUCUACAUUGAACUUGGAGGUAUAUUAAAUUGGUUCUGUGGAAUGUUUUAUUUUCUUUCACUCUGAAGAUAUAAUAGGUUUGGAUAUGUAUUUUUAAAAAAAUAAAAUUGUUUUUCUGUUUUCAGUACUGGUAACAUCUUCAGCUGUACCAUUCAAUUCCUCUUUUAGUCCUAUAGAUUUAGUAAAUUUUGAAAAUUAAGUAUAGAUUUUCCUGCCCCCAGGAAUCCUAACAAGAUCAGGAAGGGAUUUUAAACUAGUUCUUACCACUAGUGAUUAAUGUAAAAAAAAACAUGUUUCCUUGUUGCCUAAUUAAUAGUCAAGAAGCAGUAAUUUUUAUCAAGAAUUGUGGUGAUGGUAGAGAAAAGAGACUUUUCAGUAUACAUCCAAUCCUAAUGAAAUUGGUCAUUUCUCAAUGGUAAUAAGUGUUGUUUUAUUAACUAUAAAAAGUGGUGAGGUUUUAUGGGCCACACAGAAUCAGACUACAGAUUGCUCACAUGACCCAGAUAGGAUAUGGCAGUGAUGGCUAACCUUUUUAUCGUUACGAGCUGAAAGCGUGUGCACGUGCAUGCAUCUGCACCCUUGUUCUCUCCAUGCAUGCAUGCGUGACCCCCUGUGCCCCAUUUUGGGCUUAGUGCGCUUCCCUGCAGUUGCCUGGGAGCAAAAAUGGGCUAUGGGGGGAGGCAUUUUGGGCUUAGUAGGCCUCUCUGCAGCCUCCUGGGAGCAAAAACAGGCUGCAGGAGGGCCACGCUGUAACCCCCUGCACUCCUCCUACCCCCAUGCAUGCACUCCAGACCCCCCCCAUCCUGCACAUGUGUACGUGUCUCCUGCAUGUGCCCCUCCCCCUGCACGGCAGAGAACCAAAAAUCAGCUGGCUGGCAGGAGGCUCAUGUGCGGUGGAGCUCAGCUGGAGAGACUGCUUGCGUGCCUACAGAGAGGGCUCUGCAUGUCACCUGUGACACGCAUGCCAUAGGUUCGCCAUCACUGGGAUAUGGUAUUCUGCCAUCAAAAUGCAUGUUAUAUAAUCGGAAAGAAGAAAACUGUUGUAUCCAGUAAGCUUGCUGGACACAGAAGAUUGUUUUAAAAGCAUCAUCUACUACAAUAUUUAUUGUAUUACUGCCUGCUGUAAUUCAUGAAAUAAUAUUGUACUGCUAAGUGUAUGGACAAUAUCUCCUACUCGGUUGUUCAGUUACAAGCUUUGACGUGUACAGUGCUAUUUGACUUUUUGGUAGGACCUCAUCUCCUUUAGGCUUGUAUCCUUGGAAAUAUUCCAUUAUACAAUUGUGAAACUUUGCUCAGCCAUUGCCCCUUUCUUUUGUGUUUAUACUUGAUCCCAGCACUUAAUUCCAAAACAAUAACUUUACAGUAUGUGGUUAAGCUGCAACACUGAAAUAGAAAUUGGCUUAAGAAAAAUGAGUGUUCCUCUUUGUGCUUUGAUUUGGACAAAUCAGAACUUUAAUUCCUUUGAGAAUGAGGUCAAAGAAUAAAGAGAAUUAAUGAA